AUGCGACGCGGCAAUAGGAGGUGUCGGAAAAAGUUGCCUAACAGCAACCAUCUUCCAGCCCAAUUCGUUCAAAAUGUCUGGAUCGAAAGCUACGACCCCACGAUCGAGGAUUCAUACCGGAAACAGAUCGAGGUAGACGGUCGACAAUGCAUACUGGAGAUCGGCAAUGAGGUAAAUCUAGCCACCAGUCCAUCCACGCACAAUCGAUUCCACGGACCAACCCCGAGAAAACCACAUCGUACUAACAACACUCUCCAUAGAGAACUCUACAUGAAACAAGGCCAAGGCUUCCUCCUCGUCUUCUCCAUCACUAGCAUGUCCUCCCUAAACGAACUCUCCGAGCUCCGCGAACAAAUCAUCCGAAUCAAAGACGACGAAAACGUCCCAAUCGUGAUCGUGGGCAACAAAUCCGACCUGGAAGAAGACCGCGCCGUACCACGCGCUCGUGCCUUCGGUCUAUCCCAGAAAUGGGGUAACGCCCCAUACUAUGAGACCUCUGCCCGCCGUCGCGCAAACGUCAACGAAGUCUUCGUCGAUCUGUGUCGUCAGAUCAUCCGCAAAGACUCCGAGGGCUCAAGGAGUAGUGGCGAUCCCAACCGCAAGCGCGAGGGCCCGAAUCGCCAUGACCGCAAGAAAGACAAUCGCCGGCCGAGAAAUCGCCGCGGGCCGUGUGUCAUCCUUUGA